AUGGACGAAGCAAAAAAGUUUUAUACUGAAUAUGCCAUUUCAGAAGGAUUUUCUGUGAGAACAAGAAAUUCUAGAAAGGAUAACAAGAACAAUGUAACUUAUUUGAGAUUAGUUUGCUCCAAGGAAGGCAAAUACGUGUCAUCAAUAAACCCUGAGGUAAAAACCCAUCCUACCCAAACAAACCAAUGUCCUGCNGGCAUAACCAUUUCAAAGAAGGAUGAAAAAUGGUAUAUAAGGACGGUUAACUUAGACCACAAUCAUGACCUAUGCCCAAAGAAUUCAAAGCUAUUUGCUGGGAAUAGGAAACUUAGCAUGCAAGAAAAACGAACAUUACAGGUUAAUGACGAUGCUGGAGUGAGGAUAAAUAAGAGUUUCCUGAGUAUUGUCAGCGAUGUCGGGGGAUUCGAUAACAUGGACUUCAUGGAGAGAGAUGCUAGAAACUAUAUCGAACGACACAGAAGAUCAUUAUGCAAAGACGGAGAUGGACAAGCCCUAUUAAGACACUUUUCGUCCAUGAAAGAUAUGAAUAAUGACUUUUUUUACGACAUUGAUUUGGAUGAAGGGAAUAAAAUAUGUAGUGUGUUUUGGGCUGAUGCAAGAAGUAGAGCAGCUUGUGAAGAAUUUGGUGAUGUCAUUUCUUUUGACACAACAUAUUUGACUAAUAAGUAUGAAAUGCCUUUUGCGCCGUUUGUUGGAGUUAACCAUCACGGUCACUCAAUUUUACUCGAAUGUGGUUUGCUAUCGUCUGAAGACACUUCAUCUUUUGUUUGGUUGUUCGAAUGUUGGAUGAGAUGCAUGGGUAACAAGGCCCCAGAUGGGAUUAUCACUGAUCAAUGUAGAGCAAUGGCGAAUGCCAUCAAAGAAGUAUUUCCUAAUAGUAGGCAUAGGUGGUGUUUAUGGCAUAUAAUGAAAAAAGUGCCGGAAAAAUUAAGUGGAUAUAAACAAUAUGUUAACAUCAAGAGUCAUCUCAACGCACUUAUCUAUGAUUGUGGUUGUCUGACGGAGUUUGAGAAUGGGUGGGCUGAUUUAGUUAACACGUAUGGAUUGGAGGAUAAUGAAUGGUUAUUUAGUUUGUAUGACGAAAGACAUAAAUGGGUUCCUUGUUACCUUAGGAAUGAUUUUUGGGCUGGAAUGUCAACUACACAACGAAGNGAGGGAAUGAAUGCUUUCUUUGAUGGAUUUAUAAAUUCAAGUACCUCACUCCAACAAUUUGUGGUGCAAUACGACAAUGCAUUAAAGGUCAAGGCCCAAAAAGAAACACAAGCUGAUUUCUCGUCCCUAAAUACCACAAUUGGUUGUGGGUCGCAGUCACCAAUUGAGAGACAAUUCCAACUUGAGUACACACAUGAAAAGUUUGAAGAAGUGCAAAAAGAAUUUCGAUCUCGGAUGAAUUGUUUUAUCAAAGAAACGAAUACGGACAACGAAUGCAAUAUUUACACAAUCAAAGAGGAGCAAAUGUGGGAAGGAAAAUGUUCAAAUAAAUUUUACAAAGUGCAGUUUGAUCCAGUGACAAAACAAGCCACCUGUUCUUGCCUUCUAUUCGAAUUCAGAGGCAUUGUUUGUCGACAUGCCCUCUUGGUAUUUGGACAAGAAGAUGUAUAUAGUGUGCCUGUGAAAUACAUUCUACGGCGUUGGAGUAAAAAUGUNCGUAGAAGACACACUCUAAUUAGAGCCUCGUAUAGUAAUUCCAACCAACAACCGUCGAUGCAAAGAUAUCAAAUGUUGUGCAAACAGUUCUAUGACAUCGCAGAGGUUGCAUGUGAGUCUGAAGGUUGUUCUGAACAGUUGAAAAAAGAUCUUGAUCUACUGCGACACAAGUUUGGAUGUAGUUCGUCCAUCAAAAAUAACAUUAUUAGUGAUGGGGGCGAACUACGAUACGAGAAGCCAGAUUCCCCAACAAUACAGGACAGUGGUGGUGCACGUGAUGAUGUUAUUGUGCGUAGCCCACUACAAGUNAAGCGCAAGGGAAGACCACGCACCAAUAGACUAAAGUCAACCUUGGAGAAAAAAAACCAGUCAAAGAAGAAGAAUUUCAAAGAAAACUACUACAACAACUGUUCAUGA